CGACCAAGACCGCUUGCACACCACACCGAUAUGAGAUUCAACAUCAACGUCAACUUCAUGUCCAACGACUGGCAAGUUAGCCCAAGCGAAAGCCACUCAUUCCUUCAGGAUGUUCGUACAGCCGUACUCAAGUACAGAACAACGUCAGCUACCCGCUUCAGCGUCCCAAUUGAAGUUGCCCAAUCUCAAUCACAGCAACUUGAACGAUUAGAGAAGCUUCACUGCAACUUUGCUUUAUGGGUCGGCUUCUACAACUUCAGUAACAGACCCAUAUUCGCUGCCUGUCGUUUUCAGAGCAGGAAACGGAAAGGUGGCCGUCGUUUUACCGACGAAAUUGAGGUAUAUACGAAGAAGAUAGGCAGACACAUACCUUUAGAAAGAUUCUUGGAGAAGAUGUUUCCUACCUUCAGCGACAUACCAGUCGGCGAUGAAGUCAUGUUCCAGUGGUGGAAGAUGAAUGGCAAAACCUUUAAUUGGUCUGGUCUACCUACCGAGCUCCACGAGCGCAUCAUAUACUUCUGCAUGCACCAAUCGCAGCCUCGUGCUCUGUACAGAAGAGCCAUCAAAGGUGCACCGGAAGUCACGAGCCAGUUUGGAGAAUGGUCAGCCAUGCUCGGCGUGUCCCACCAAGUCCGCGCGAUAUGCCUGCGCAUGUGUUUCGUCGGCAGCAGUGACCUGCAGUAUGGGAAAGGACUGUGCAUAGACGUCAAAGGCCACCGCGCCUUCAAAGACUGCAUGCGGCGCUUAGGAAAAUGCUUCCAGAUGCUGGAGCCGGGGCAUCUCGCGUCGACCGACGAAACCUGGCUACUUGCAGAGAUGUACAACCACUAUCCUCGCAUCUACCCACACUUAUCCCGAUACGCCACACUGCGCCACGCGAUCCGUAAGAUCAACCUGCAGCUGUCUUUCCUCGACUCGAUGCACUUCUUCAAGGUCACGACUGGUUCGUUUGCACAGUAUUUCCAGCGGUUUCGGCUUGAUUACAACAUCUUUGGCCAGCUGCCCUGUUUGAAUGAGAUUCUCAUCCAGUUGCCUGAUGCGAGGGGGUAUCUAGCUGAUGGACCGCGCCAGCAGGGUCCUCAAAUGUUUUAUGGGGAGCCGUUCAGUUGCCCGAGGAUACUGCAUCGGCUUAUAUACGAAAGAGCUGCAGAGGUGUUGGCUACGUACGAGAAUGUCAACAUGUUUGGAUUUAUGGAUGAGGCGGAGAAGAAGAGCUUUCAUAAGUUGAGGAGUGAGGCGAGGGAGAAGAUGAAAUUCACUGCGGAAGAACUUGAGGAGUUGUACAAAGAGGACGGGGGCGGUGUUGAGCUUGAGAAAAGACUCAUUCCUGGUGUACAAGAGGAGGUGGUAGAAGAGCCUGAGUGGCCCAUGAUACAAGAUGCCUUUUGGCCACCAAAGUGUCGGUGCGAGGUCAGGUGCAGAAAGGUCUUGUACCCAGACACGAUCUGAGGUUUUGAGUAUUGAGCACUAG